AUGGACGCCGUGCUGUUGGAGCACUUUCCCGGGGGCCUGGACACAUUCCCGUCUGCUUACUUCGAUGAGGAAGACUUCUUCACCGAUCAGUCCUCUCGGGACCCACUGGAGGACGGAGACGAGCUGCUGGGGGAUGAGCAGGCGGAGGUGGAGUUCCUCAGUCAUCAGCUGCACGAAUACUGCUACCGCGACGGGGCGUGCCUGCUGUUGCAGCCCGCACCCUCGGCCGCCCCGCAUGCGCUCGCCCCGCCGCCUUUGGGGGACCCCAGCGAACCCGAGGACAGCGGCGGCUACUGUUGUGAGGCAGGUGCCCCCGUAGGCGGCUUCCCCUACUCGCCCGGCUCGCCGCCCUCGUGCCUUGCCUACCCUUGUACAGCGGUACUGUCCCCUGGGGCGCGGCUCCGUGGUCUGAACCGGGCUGCUGCAGCAGCGGCAGCACGGCGACGGCGACGCGUGCGCUCCGAGGCGGAGCUGCAGCAGCUGCGACAAGCAGCCAAUGUGCGCGAACGGCGCCGCAUGCAGUCCAUAAACGACGCCUUCGAGGGGCUGCGUUCGCACAUCCCCACACUGCCCUACGAAAAGCGCCUCUCCAAGGUAGACACGCUGCGCUUGGCCAUAGGCUACAUCAACUUCCUCAGCGAGCUGGUGCAGGCGGACCUGCCACUGCGCGGUGGUGGCACAGGCGGUUGCGGGGGCCCAGGUGGCAGCAGGCACCUGGGCGGGGACAGCCCCGGUAACCAGGCCCAGAAGGUCAUCAUCUGCCAUCGAGGCACCCGCUCGCCCUCCCCCAGUGACCCGGAUUAUGGCCUCCCUCCUCUUGCUGGGCACUCUCUCUCAUGGACUGAUGAGAAACAGCUCAAAGAACAAAAUAUUAUCCGUACAGCUAAAGUUUGGACCCCAGAGGACCCCAGAAAACUCAACAGCAAAUCUUUCGACAACAUAGAGAACGAACCACCUUUUGAGUUUGUUUCCUGA